GACAAUAGGCAUUUAACAAUAGGCAUUUUGACAAUAGAAGACUCCAAGAAAGGUUAUCUGAAGGUGGGCCAUGGACCGCAGAAGUUAAUGCAGAUGAAUGAACACAUGAUGGCCUUCUUCUGUCUCUUCCUGACCUCAAUCAAUCUACAAUGACAAUUCAUGCGGGUUUACACUGAGAAUAUAUGCGGCCAAGAGCCAUUAUGGAAACCGAGAUCCGUCAAUGUCCCUUCUUUUGGACCCCAGAAUAUGCACUCCUCCCCUUUCGUCUAAUCUUCCUAGCAACCCCCGAGGCAGCAGACGAUGGCCCAUCGCAGGCCACGACGAUCCCGGACGAAGCCUAUGAAGAGACAUAUGUGCUCUUCGCGCAAUUAGUAGCCCCUCUACCAUUUCCGAGGAGAUCUUCAAGAUUUGAAAGUCAAGUUGUUGCUCUGCGUGAAGAUGUCCACAAAAGAGGUCGUUUAAUGGGAUUGAUGUGUCGGCGAGAGAUACAGCAAUUCUUCGUUGAGCUGAGACCCAUCACUUCGGCCACCGAAUACGAUACUGAAAACAAUAUUCCGAUGAGGGAGUUACCGGCGGGGUUGGGGUACAGAGAAAUAGCAUCGAGAAAGCCGGUAGAGGGUGACUGUGUAAUCAGCCUCUCUCCACUGAAGCAUUCGACAAAUUCACUGUGGCCUCAUUUCACGAUCGGAGAUAGUAUUCACUAUACUGGUGACUCCGGCAAAAAAAGAUUGGUUUGGUGUCGGGCACGUUGUGGAGUCAAUUACCACGCCGACUGCUUUAACAAAUGGAGUAAGAAUUUCAAGAGCCACCAGCAAGUUACAUGUCCUUCAUGUCGGAGAAGCUGGGAAAAGUGAAUGAAUGCUCCUCUCGGGCUAUCCCUUUGAGCUGAAAGUUCUUCCGUGACGGGAUCAUGGCUUCACACCUCUAUU